ACAAACUACAAAGUUGUCAAGUCGCUCAUUCUGUUUCCUCUCCUUAUUCGUAACAUUUGGAACGGUUUUAAUUCUAUAUUUGUUAUCAAUUGGUUCAACUUUACCAACCAGAAUAAACAUAAUUAAUAAAAAAUGAAAUUUCGCUUCUGUGGUGAUGGCGAUUGUCCCGACUGGGUGUUGGGAGAAAUUAUAUCUACGCUCUCUGUAUUGGAAGCGAGCAAAUUGAAAACUCUGGCUGAUAUGGUGGCGAAAAAGAUAUUGGGGCAGAAUUUUGAUGAAGACGAAGUAAAGGCAUUGACGUCAUCCGUCUCUGCUGAUGGAAAGACAGCAGUAGCCUGUAUACAUUUCUUGCUGAAUAAUGCUGCCCGUCACAACGCCAGCGAACUGGUGUUCAAUGAAGAAAUCCAACAAUUGGGUCUGCCUAAGGAACAUGCAGCCGCAAUGUGUUCCGUACUAACCGAACAUGCCACAGCAAUACGUCAACGUUUGAUUGAUAAGUCUUUUAAAAUUAACGAGUUGGAAUCGUUACGUUUUUUGCCACCCUCUCCGGAUAGCAUAAAUUGUAGUCGUUUUGAGCUGAAAAUCUCACAGGAAUUGGUCAAUGGCUUGCCUCAGAAUACCACACAUGUGCUGAACAUAGACAAUGCCCAGUUACGUGUUUUGUUGGAAGAAUUGAAAUAUGCCCGUGAUGUUAUGGACAAGUAUGAUAGUGCCAAUAUCAAUAAAGAAUAAUUGUGAUUUAAAUAAAAAUUAAGAAAUAAAAUGUGUUUUAUUAUUUGUAUGAAAAAAUAUAGCAGUUAUGUCGCUUAUGUUUGGAAAUGGAACUGAAGUCGGGCUAAACUGAA